CUCCCAUCUGAAGACUUAACACAGUGCAGAGCAGAGCUGGCAGUCACAGUUGCGCCCUGGAUUGUAGCAGAGAGCGAGCAUCCCUCUCAGCCUGUUUGCCCCCCACCAUGGAUGUCAAGCUGCUGGCGCUGAUGGCCCUGAUGGCCGUAGCCACACAUGUACCGACCUCCAACGCAAAGCCCAUCAGUCUGGUGGAGCGGUGCUGGUGUCGUUCCACCCUCAACACGGUUCCUCAGAGGUCCAUCAAGGAACUCAAGUUCCUACACACACCAAACUGUCCCUUUCAAGUCAUUGCCAAGCUGAAGAGCAACAGGGAGGUUUGCAUCAACCCCGAGACCAAGUGGCUGCAGCAGUACUUAAAGAACGCCAUUAACAAGGGGAAGAAAUCUAGAAGACGCAACACCAAGAAAAACUAAACACAAGGGAGCACGCGUGUGCGUCGUCUGCCAGGGCCCCCCCCCCCCCCCAUAUGAACCUGUAUGCCUCCCUGUCACUGCUAUGGAAGUAUGUAAACACGCUGUAAGUACCCCGUCCCCCUCUCUGGACCGCUUGCAGAACCAGCACUUCACGCCAAACUGUGCCAUGUCGAGCACCGACCCAGAUCCUCCCGGUCACACGCGCAGUCACCUCCGACUCCCCCGUGUCAGCACCAAGUGCAUUUACACCUGGAGGCGACGGGACGCGUGCCGAUGUCAGAGAUGGCGUGUGUCCGAGUGCUGGGCACGGGAGAGAAAGUGUGUGUUUGAAUGUGCAACAUAUGAACUAACUCUUAAUGUGCGUCAGUAUAUCAUAUUUUCUUACUUAACCCAGCCGUAGAGGAGGAAUUUGAGCUUUCACUCUGACACAAUGCUUUGUGGGUAAUGCCAUCUUCACGCCAUGGUCUCCGACAAGGAAUAACAAUCGUGAUUUUACGUAUGCAUGUAGGUAUCUUCAUACGUAAAUGUCAAUCAUUACAGAAUUGUUACAUUCACAAACAUAAGGGCUAAGUUAUUUUGACUACUGUUAUUUCAACAUAGUUCUACCUUUUUUAAUGUAGAUCUCCUGAGAAGAAAAAAAAAACCUACCCGAAAUAGAGGAGUUGAAUGAGAAGUUCACACUGAUGAUAAGCGAAGGUGGCAUUACUCCAUAACGGAGAGGUCAAAGGGCAGCAACAAAGCCUGUGCAGUGGGUCCCUUCACAGCACUGACCAGUCAGGGUGGCCGUGCUUCAGCAGUGUGGUGCAUUUCCUUUGCUUCAGCAUCGGGAACCAAACAGAGUGAAGCGACACUCACUGCAGAGCCGCCAGCACUGACCCUGUGGUGCUUUAUACUCAGUACAAAGGGUGAGAGCCAUUGACAUAAUUUUACUUCACUGUUUAUUAUAUGCAAAACUCAAUACGGGAUGUUGUAACAGCUAUGUCUUAUAUGAAAUACAAUUAUGUUUUUUACCAGUCAUAAAAUAUUUGAAGUGCUGUUUUUAAAAGUCUGAUAUUUAAAAUGAAAUACAAAGCUGAUUUUAUGUGAAGGCCAUAGUGUCCUGAUAAAUACUAUGAGGAAAUGAAACGCUUAUCAAUGCAUCAUUUUUUAUUAUCGAAUCUGUAAACAGAAACCAAAUAUCUAAUCAGUAAAACGUGUAACAUGAAGAAGCCGGUGAAAGCAUUGCUUUCCUAUUCAUUAAUUGUUAUGAAAAGUCAGCUCAGGAUUGUCAUUAUUCUUCGUUUGUUCAAGGGACUAAAUGUAAAUGUAUAUCAGGACUUCACAGGAAUUCAACUGCAGUAUGUUCAUACCAGCACCUCUCCUUGGUAGGAAGAAAAAGCUAAAACCAUCCAACAGAUGAAUGAUAAAUGUAACAGUGGGAGUGUUAAGAACGUUUUUGAUUAGUCUUUUUAUAUACAUUUGAGCCACUUUAUUAUCAGAUGUGUAAUUUUAAUUGUAACUAUUUUAUUUUUAUAUUGUGCAUAAUCUUACUAAAUGGGUUUUUAAUGCAAUGUACAGUAGGAAGUAGCUACUAAAUGAAGGCCAGCUCACAAAAUGUAAGAAACAGUAUUAAGCUUCAUUUUUAAGAUGUCAUGCAAUGAACAUGAAAUACUUUUAGACACAUAUAUUUUAACAAUGUUGUGGAAAAAGCAUCAGGCAAUCAAGUCAAAUAUCAAUCCUCUUUUUUGUUUCUGUAUCGUUUCCAUAGCAACUAUUCAGCUGUUACGGUCAACACACUGAUUGAAAACAAAAGUCACUGUCAUUGUUUCACAUGUUGCAGGAAACCACUCGGCCCCCAUUGAUCACUUGACGUCCUAUAGUUUUACAGAGGUUGAUGUAUCAUGUGUAAAUAGAGCCACUGAGCCAAAAACGAUCCCAGCGACCAACAUGUGCUUUUAAUCUGGACACUCCCAGCACCCCAGGGGGCUUUCUCUUAAACUCUCACUCAACUGCUGCCAUGUCGCAACUUUUUUUGUAAUGUAAGUCCUGUUGUUUGUGCUCAUUUCCGAGGGGUAUUUUUUGUUCUAUUUCACACGGUCUGUUUGCUGCUUGCCUGAUCACAGGUGAUACUCAUAUCAAUUUGCAGCUAAUGGUGCAAUAAUUCUGUACUUGUCUUUAAUUUUCCAUUAAACUAAUAGAAGUUAAUGGACACUCGUUUUACACGAUUAUAAUCAUUUGUUUAAAUCUUGCUGAAAAGUUUUCCAAACGCACUAAUAUGCAAUGAUAAAAUUCUAAUUGUAUUAAUUCAUUCAUUACAAAACUGCCAUAUACUUCCAAAAUACUUUGAAGACUUCCAUCGAGAAGAAUAUAAUGUUGUUAUUUCUGUAAACCUUUCUAACAUAAAACAUAAUAGUUAUCUCAAUAAAGGGAACACAUCUGUUGCAUUAUGUGAGAACAUGUAAUAAGUUCAUUAUAUGUGUGAUUACAUUCAAUCGCAUUGAACUGUCGCUGAUGAGAAUAUUUAGUGUGACUAAAUAAUGAACCACAAUUACAAUCUCCUUUGUGAAAAUCAGCAUUUCCAGAACAUGUUUGUGUGUAUCACUUGGACCAAAUACAAAUUCAGGUUAACAUUGAUCGUAUAUUAAUAAAUUACCCAAAAUGCGUGCAUGUCUUCUACCUGGGACGCAGAGACAAUGUGACAUAUAUUUCUUUUGAGGCAGCUUCUGACAAACAUCCUUCAUACAUGUGCGAUGUGUAUUGUCACUCUUUAUAGACCAAAAGGUGCUAUUUUCACUGUGAUAUUCAAGCUCUUCUUAAAUAAAGUAUUAUGGAAUGAAGUCAGUCGCAUGUCUGUAUUUCAUCCAUUUAAAACCCUC